AUGGAAGAUUUCAUCUUGCCUACAAAGACUACUGUAGUUGGCAAAAACUACUCAAGUCAACUCUACUCCAUCACUCCGGCCAAGGAAUACGAGUUGAUGUCUGACGUUCGACUGCUCCAUGAAUUCGUUGAACAGACGGCAACAAGAUAUCCUGAGCGUGUUGCGUUUGAGUUUUUCAGCGCGAAGGACAACGGUGAGCGCUUUGUCAAGCGUUGGACUUAUUCCGAGUUGGAUGUCGAAGCGAACAGGGUCUCACAGUUGCUGAGAGCUCACGGUGUCAAACCAGGUAGCCUUGUUGGCGUGUGUUUUGAUAAGUGUCCGGAAGCCUCUUUCGCCAUGUUGGGUAUAUUGAAAGCCGGGUGCGCUUUCGUUGCGAUUGAUCCUGGAGCGCCUGCUGCACGUCAAGCAUUCAUUGUGGAAGACUCACAGGCCCAAGCCAUACUUUCACUAUCGUCACAGUCUCACAAGUUCAAGACGAGCCUUGCUGUUCCGAUACUUGAUCUUGACCAUAUCGACUGGCAUUCGCUGUCUGGAUCCAAGCUCAUGAUUAAUCGUGAAAUCAGUCCUCAAGACCGCAGCUACUGUUUGUACACCUCUGGCACGACUGGUACCCCCAAAGGUUGCGAAUUAACUCAUGAGAACGCAGUACAGGCUCUUCUCGCUUUCCAGCGCCUGUUUGCUGGACAUUGGGACGAGACUUCGCGCUGGCUCCAGUUCGCAUCUUUCCAUUUCGACGUAUCGGUUCUCGAACAAUACUGGAGUUGGUCUGUUGGCAUCUGUGUGGUGUCGGCCCCUCGUGAUCUCAUAUUCGAAGACCUGUCUUCUUCUAUCCGAGAUCUCAACGUUACGCACAUCGAUCUGACACCCAGCCUCGCCCAGAUCCUACAUCCAGAUAACGUCCCAAGUCUUUGCAAGGGAGUCUUCAUCACUGGCGGUGAGAGCUUGAAGCAAGAGAUCUUGGAUGUGUGGGGCCCGAAGAGUGUGAUAUACAAUGGCUAUGGACCGACGGAAGCAACGAUAGGUUGUACAAUGUACCCGCGAGUUCCAGCCAAUGGUAAACCCUCCAAUAUCGGUCCUCAGUUCGAUAAUGUGGGCUCCCUUGUUCUUCAUCCCGGCUCUGACGUCCCAGUCUUUCGGGGCGGUGUCGGUGAGCUCUGUGUCUCAGGCAAGCUCGUUGGUAAAGGAUAUCUCAAUCGUCCAGAGUUGACCGCCGAGCGCUUCCCACAUCUCGAACGUUUUGGCGAGCGUGUUUACCGAACCGGAGAUCUGGUGCGAAUAUUGCAUGAUGGCACUUUCGAUUUCUUGGGUCGUGCCGACGACCAAGUCAAGCUACGUGGUCAGCGCCUUGAGGUGGGAGAGAUCAAUUCAAUCAUCAGGCAGUCAGGAAAGGGUAUUUCAGAUGUUGCGACGCUGGUGCUCAAGCAUCCAAAGCAGCAAAAGGAACAGCUUGUUGCCUUUCUCGUAUGCGCAAGUCCGUCAAAACCUCUCCCCGAGGUGAUUUUGAGGAUCUUUGAUCAAGUAAUGCACGCGAAGGAGGCUUGUCAGGAGAAGCUUCCGCCGUACAUGGUUCCUACUCACUUUAUUCCUCUCACUGCUAUGCCGCUCAAUGUCAAUAACAAAGCAGAUGGAAAGGCACUUCGCGGCUUGUACGAGGAUCUUUCCCCUAACGAUCUCCAGAAACUUUCAGCUACAGUCCAUGAUCAACAGGAACCAUGGUCAGACCAGGAAAAGAAGGUUCACAAGAUUCUGUCGCAAACGCUCGGCAUGAAUGAGGAAUCUAUUACCAAAGAUACCAGCCUGUUUGAGUUGGGCAUGGACUCAAUCACCGUAAUUGGAGUAUCACGAGCGUUAAAGCAGAGCGGAUUGUCAGAAGCUACUGCAUCUUUGGUCAUGCGAUAUCCAACAAUCAGACGUCUUACAAAAGCUUUGGGGACUGUUACUUCGCUCGAGAAUAGCCGGGGUUCUGUAAUCGCCGCGCAGCAGUCUGUCAGCGCAGUUCAGCACCGCUAUCGCCGUGUAGCCGCCCAUUCCCUGUCAGUCGAACCUGGUAUGAUCGAAGCUCUCGCCCCAUGCACACCUUUGCAACAGGAUGGGGCAAAGCGCUUCUGGCAAGGGCAUAUCUCGAUGGAUUCUCUGUCCUUCCCUUCGGCGGCUGGCAAGUCUAGUAUGGAGACUAUCGUCACGACGCGACAAUUGCGUGGGUUAGUAGCAUUUGAUCCUACCCGACGCCAACUCAGUGUUACCGCACAGGCUAUCAUACAAGCUUGCUGGCUCAGCGUACUUCAACAGCAUGUCCAGGGAAUACUCACAACCGGUAUGGUCGUCUCUGGACGUAGCAUCAACCUCGAGGGUGCAGAACGCAUCAUGGGUCCGAUGUUCAAUACCAUCCCUUACCAGCAUCGCGCCCAAACCAGAGAGUCUUGGGCGUCGAUUAUCAAGAGGAUACACGAUUACAAUGUUGCUUCUCAUCCGUAUCAGCACACGGCCCUGAGAGACAUCAUGAAGUGGUGCAAAAGAGCUCCCAGUCGCCCACUGUUCGACAACCUUUUUGUAUACCAAGUUUCACAAGAUGACGAGGAUUGGACCAGUAAUGACACUUGGACGCUCCUAGAUGGAGAUACUGUCGCCGACUAUCCCGUAGCUUUUGAAGUCGAACAGAAAUCUGACAGCGACUUCAAUCUAACCUUGGUGACGCAAGGACAUGUUGCCUAUGAGGGAGGGGCGAAUGAGCUACUGGAUCGAUUCGAGGAUGCGUUGCAUCAGGUCCUAGAAGAUCCAUCUGCCUUGCUUGAGCUGCCAAUCGGACCAAACGUGGUGACUGCAAGUAGCAAUGUUGCAAAUACUCCUGCGGAUUUCGGAACCAACGUCGCAACAGACUUCGCGUGGACAGACAGUGCCAUUAAGAUUAGAGAAGAGAUUGCCAACUUAUCCGGAAACAAUCUUGAAGAGAUCAAUGAGGCAACAUCUAUCUUUGAACUCGGGCUCGACAGUAUCGAUGCGAUCAAGCUAUCUUCAAGGGUCAAGAAGCGCGGAAUCAAUCUUCCAGUCAGCGCCAUCAUGCGUGGACUGAACAUCGGGAAGAUGGUGAUGAACGUCUCGAUCACAGAGGAUCACGCCGAGGACUCUACGUCAGAAUCAGAUUUCGAUCUUCAAAGGCAGAGAUUGAUCCGACAUCUGGAGGAACGCGCCUUCAACACAACAGAUAUUGAAGCAGUCCUUCCUCUGACACCCUUACAAGAAGCUAUGGUCGCUGAGAUGACUACAUCUGGAUAUACGAGGGUUCUGGCGGGAUUACCUCUCAGACGCUACCAAAGUUCUUUUCCCGCGGCGCGCAGGUUUAUCCAGUGA